AAGAGAAGAAAGCGAAAGGUCCAGAUAGCCUGUAUUUACUGCAGGAGAUCCCAUAUGAUUUGCGAGGAAAAGAGACCUUGCUCGAGAUGUAUCAAGAGAAACAUUGGCCAUCUUUGCCAUGAUGAACCAAUCAAUUCAAGACAACGAAAGCUAGUUCUGCAAAAUGGAUUGAACAUCAUAAAUAGCUUGCCCCUUCUCAAUAGCAUUGACAGCAACAACGAAAUACCUCCUUCUUCUGUUCUAACUCCAGCGAGCACUGUAAAUAAUACUACAAACAACAAAACUAGUGAUAUUCCUCAUAACAAUAAUAAUCCAAAUAUCAAUAAUAAUUUCAAUAAUAAUCCUAACAAUAAUUCUAACAAUAAUAUCAACAACACCAGUAGCGAUAUCAACUCAAUCAUCUCCAACAGCCUAUUAAAUCAAUUUUUUAACAACUCUUUUCAACCUUUUUUCUACUCAGAACAUGCAAAUUCUGAAAUCUCCUCAAUUAACGAAUUUCUCAAAUUAAUUGACGAUCCAGAUUUUAAUCAAAAUAACAACAACAUGAGCAUCAAUUAUAAUAAGGAUAUCCCUUUAUUAAACAAUAUUCCUAAUGAGCCUUUAAAUAAUAACCCAUUGAACAAUCACAUAGACAGCAAUCCAAGUCUUAAUCUACAAAACUUGCAAAAUAUUCCUACUCUUCAAAGUGCUUCCAAUACUCCCAAUAUUUCAAACCACGAUUCCUUUUCAACAAAAAGAUCCCCCGAUAUCAAUAAUAAUAUCCAUAACAACAACAACAACAACAACAACAAUAAUAAUAAUAAUAAUAAUAACAUUAAUAAAAAUAAUCAUAUCAUCAAUAAUAACAUUGAAAACGAUCCAAAUGGUAAACAUAACAAAAGAGAUCAAUUCUUCCUAACAGCUGCUGACCCAUCGGUAGAAAUAUCGCCCGAAGAAAGAUUAAAAGAAGUUAUCAAUGCAAAACUAGAAGCAGGCUUGCUACAGCCCUAUAAUUAUGCAAAGGGUUAUGCUAGACUACAAAAAUACAUGGAUAACUAUAUGAAUCAAUCUUCAAGACAAAGAAUCUUAAAACCGUUGUCAAUAUUCAGACCGGCGUUCAGAGCCAUUGCGAGAACACUUAAAGACGUCGAUUUGAUCAUCGUAGAAGAAAACUUUGAAAGAAUGUUGUUAGACUAUGAUCGAGUGUUUACCUCAAUGGCAAUACCUGCUUGCCUCUGGAGGAGAACAGGCGAAAUUUAUCGUGGAAAUAAAGAAUUUGCAAGUCUUGUUGAAGUUCAUACUGACGAUUUGAAAAACGGAAAAUUGGCCAUAUAUGAACUAAUGAGCGAAGAAAGUGCAGUAAACUUCUGGGAGAAAUAUGGUGCAAUUGCCUUUGAUAAAGGUCAAAAGGCUGUUCUAACAAGCUGUAAUUUAAGAACCAAGGAUGGAAGAAAAAGAAAAUCCUGUUGUUUCAGCUUCACCAUUAGAAGAGACAGAUACAAUAUUCCAAGCUGCAUUGUUGGAAAUUUCAUUCCCAUC